GGAAAAAAAAGAGCGAGAGACAAAGAUCGCAAUAGAAAAUGUCGAAACACAAAAAAAGCUUCCACAGAACUCUCUCUGCUGUCAACAGCAGUUCAUGCAGCAGUUUUUUUUUUCCAACUGUUUUUACCUAUGAUUAUUAGAUUAAGACAUAUAGUUUCUGGUAUUCCUGGUGUAAAUGGACUUCCGGGAUCCACUGGGGCACCCGGCCAUGAUGGCCGAGAUGGAAUUAGGGGAGAACAGGGAAGUCCGGGGAAGACUGGGCCUCAGGGACCUACUGGUGCGAAAGGAAUGAAGGGAGAACGCUGUAUCACAGGUCCUGUCGGUCCCAAAGGAGAUCGAAGAGAGAGAGGUGACAGUGGAAUCCAAGCAGGGCCACAUAACAAGUGUUCCCACUUAAAUUGGAAGGAGUGCACGUUUACAAGGGUAGAUGGCAAGGAGAGGAGUAUAAGUAAGUUGUCAGUUAUAUUACAGUUGUGUGACAGAAUAAAAACGAAUAAACUCUUAAAUUAUAAAGGUCAGACCACUCCUAAUUGAGAAAAUUUUACAAAAACCGAAGAUUGACAGCGCGAGAAGUACGGAUUAUGCAGUAGGAUUUGUUCAAUGUGGGUCCGUGUAUUACUGUUGUGAUAAGUUUAAGUUCUUUUCUUUUAGUCGGUGAAUUGUAAGACCAAUAAUAUAAAAUCAUUUUAUUCUUUUCAUAAGUUAUGCUAAGCCAUAUUCAGCUAUAUUGUAAGAGACCGGUUGCAAGCCUUCUAAUUCACGGUUUUAUACAGAUGACUUAGACUCUGAUCACGCGAAACUUUAAUGCAAAAUAGGUUUAAUUUUAAGAGAGGUGCGAAGAUUGUAAACGUUUGCUCUCGCUCAAGGCCAGGAUUCGUGGCCUUUAAUAUGUAGCUUUAUCCAAACUUAAGCGGAGCUCUCUUAGUCAGCGUAUAUCAUCUACAAAAAGCGAAACCUGAAUACAUAGUGAAUUUGAGUCGGCGAUACGGUCAAUUGAUAACUUGAGCAGAUUCAGGAUCUAAAUAUUUUAUUCGAAGUGUUCAAUUAGUUUAAAAUGUUUCUGAUGAUGCUCCUUUUGCGACUGUCUGUUUACACUAUCAUCUUUAUCAACUAUAACUCAUUUUAUUUUGAUAACAAUCAACAAGUCACUCGUUCUGUUUUCCUUGCGGUAGAGCUGUCAGUUCAUGAAGAAUUAUACACAAACGGCUCUCCAUGUCUACUUCGCUGCAUGGUAA